ACUGAACUGGUAAACAUGAGUGGAAGAGGCAAAGGAGGAAAGGGACUCGGUAAAGGAGGUGCCAAGCGUCACCGUAAAGUCCUCCGUGAUAACAUCCAGGGGAUCACCAAGCCCGCUAUCCGCCGUCUGGCUCGCCGUGGCGGAGUGAAGCGUAUCUCCGGUCUCAUCUACGAGGAGACCCGCGGUGUGCUCAAGGUGUUCCUGGAGAACGUGAUCCGUGACGCCGUCACCUACACCGAGCACGCCAAGAGAAAGACAGUGACCGCCAUGGAUGUGGUUUAUGCUCUGAAGAGACAGGGCCGCACUCUGUACGGCUUCGGAGUCCUUGGUAAGUGUUUACUUCUUGGCGGCCUUCUCGGUUUUCUUGGGCAGCAGGACAGCCUGGAUGUUGGGCAGCACGCCGCCCUGAGCGAUGGUCACUCCGCCCAGCAGCUUGUUGAGCUCCUCGUCAUUGCGGACAGCCAGCUGCAGGUGACGGGGGAUGAUACGAGUCUUCUUGUUGUCACGGGCAGCGUUUCCAGCCAACUCCAGGAUCUCAGCGGUCAGGUACUCCAGCACAGCUGCCAGGUACACGGGGGCACCGGCACCAACACGCUGGGCAUAGUUCCCUUUACGCAGCAGUCUGUGGACACGACCGACUGGGAACUGGAGCCCGAAGCAGAGACAAUGGCAAGAACCAAGCAGACCGCUCGUAAGUCCACCGGAGGCAAAGCCCCCAGGAAGCAGCUGGCCACCAAGGCAGCCCGUAAGAGCGCACCGGCUACCGGAGGCGUGAAGAAGCCUCAUCGUUACAGGCCCGGUACCGUGGCCCUGAGAGAGAUCCGUCGCUACCAGAAGUCCACCGAGCUGCUCAUCCGCAAGCUGCCCUUCCAGCGCCUGGUCCGUGAGAUCGCUCAGGACUUCAAAACCGACCUGCGCUUCCAGAGCUCCGCCGUCAUGGCUCUGCAGGAGGCCAGCGAGGCUUACCUCGUGGGUCUCUUCGAGGACACCAACCUUGCUGUAAUUGUAAACAUGAGUGGAAGAGGCAAAGGAGGUAAAGGACUCGGUAAAGGAGGCGCCAAGCGUCACCGUAAAGUCCUCCGUGAUAACAUCCAGGGGAUCACCAAGCCCGCUAUCCGCCGUCUGGCUCGCCGUGGCGGAGUGAAGCGUAUCUCCGGUCUCAUCUACGAGGAGACCCGCGGUGUGCUCAAGGUGUUCCUGGAGAACGUGAUCCGUGACGCCGUCACCUACACCGAGCACGCCAAGAGAAAGACAGUGACCGCCAUGGAUGUGGUUUAUGCUCUGAAGAGACAGGGCCGCACUCUGUACGGCUUCGGAGGUUAAACUCUUCAGAGUUCACAUCAUCAACAACAACAACAACGGCUCUUUUAAGAGCCACACACUGAAUCAAUAGAGACCGACAUGAUCCUCCAGUUUGUAUUUAAAUUGCCACCUUCAUGCGGAUGUCCAUUAUUUAUAAAUCAUAAAUAAUCAAAUAACUCAAAAAUAAAAGCCUAACUGACA